AUGGAUUCAUUAAUUGAAAAAUGGAAAAAGACAACCUAGAGUGCAUCCAGAUACAGCGAGUAGAAAUUGAAAAAGCCAGAAAGGAAUCACUCAUCAUCUUCAGAGAGCUCUUAAGAAUAAAAAAGAGUAAAUAAUAUCAAUAAGAAUUCACCACAGCCUCAAACUACUAAGAGUUUAAAACAGUCCAAUCAGUCAUCAGGUAAGAAACAGACUUAACAAUCUUUGCCAAACUCAGGUAAUAAGAAAUUUCUCAAACCACAAACCUUUUCAUAAUUGCUUGACUUCUAUACAUCCUAAUUCUAGACCUUAUUCAAAAGCAACAUAUUACCGUCAUAGUUGAAUGAGUAAAUUAAGACCAUCUUGGUUGAUUAUGCUGAAAAUAUAUAAUCUCUAAGUGCGUCUGGUUACACUGGAGCUUAGGUUGAAGAAUUGCAAAAUAAAUUGAAUCAAGCCGAAUAACAAAUCUACACUCUAAAAAAUAGCAAUGCUAAAGACGAUUUCAGCAAGAAGAUUAUCAAUGAAUUAGAGGAUAAGCUCUUGGAUAGCGAAAAGUAAAGGGUUAAAUUAAAGCAAUAGAAGGAGCAGAUGCAAAUACAAAUUGAAAAAAUCUCAGAAUCGUUAGGAAAGUAUCAAAUCAAUUAGGAAUUAAUACAUUAGUUGAAAUAGGAGAAUCUGCAAUUAAGAAAAAAUAAUGAUAUCUUGGUAACUUAAAUCCAGCAAUUAAACACUCAAAAUAAAGAAUAAUAAGUGUUAUGGAAUUAGCAGAUUGAAGACUUAAUUAAAAUGAUGGACAUUUUGAGGAAGUCCACGAAUUCCUGA